AUGGACAUUCGCGGACUUUCCACCAUGACUUUAGAGCUAUUUUUAAAGGCAAACUUAAUUAGUGAUUUACCCUCAAUUUUUGCCUUAGCCGAUCACCGGGACCAGAUUUUAGAUCUGCCCAAAUUUAGUCUUAAGUCAACCGCAAAUCUCUUAAGCGCAAUUGAUGAAGCUAAAACUCGGCCGCUAGCAAAGUUUAUUUACGGAUUGGGCAUUCGUCAUGUCGGAGCUAAAACAGCCAAAAUUUUAAGUCAGCGUUUUGGCACGCUCGCCAAUUUAAAAAGCGCCGAACCUACUCAGAUCGAACAAAUUUUAACGCUCGGACCGGCCGUGACUAACUCGGUACACAGUUUUUUUACCGACCAGGCUAACAUUAAGAUGCUGGAUAAGUUUGCCCGACUCGGUUUAAAAUUGGAGCAGUUCCAAGUUCGCGAAAGUCAAAACCUAGUCGGUGUUAACUUUGUUUUAACUGGCACACUUUCACAGCCCCGCGACGAGUACGUGAGUAUGAUUGAAGCCCGGGGUGGGAAUGUGACUAACGCGGUAACCCAGCGAACUAACUACUUGGUCGUGGGUCAAGACCCUGGUUCUAAGUUAGCUAAGGCCGAGCAGCUGAAAAUUAAAAUCGUCCAAGAAGAAGAACUCAAACGAAUUUUGCGCAAAGGAGUUUAG